AUGAGAUCUCUUUAUCGGAAUCUACUAAGAGGAUUGUUGAAGACAGAGAAGUUACCCAUAGAGCUUCGUCCCGAUAUCGAGAAAGACAAAUACAUCAAAUCUGAACUAGAGAAAGCAGCUCUAGAUCCUACCUAUUACCGAGGCCUCCUCGUGUCAGAGCUACGAUACCAUAUAAAAGAGAGAGCCAAAGUCAAAAGUCGAUCUUCCGUGGGACUAUAUGUUUCUUUAAACAGAGCUGAAUGUCUAAUUGAGAGCUUGAAUGAUCUUCAAAAGGACCCUUUGCAGCCGCUGCUGUGGCAUCAGGUAAUCAAGUUCUUGAUUCAAUUAAGAGACGAUCAGUUCAAGCAACAGAAAUGGAAAGAAUUUUAUCUCCGAAAUCAAAGGAAGAUCGAUGACCAGAGAAGAAAGCAGCUACCAAUCAGGGUCCUCCGACGCCUAAACUCGAAAAGCUCAGAGACAAGACGCGAGAAGCAAUUCAGGUCACUAAAAGCAAAUGGAAAAUUCAAGGAGCUCAAAUCAGCCCUCAAGGAAAGUAACGAAGAAGAGGGAUUUGUUGUGAGAAACUACCUCAAACGACUUCAACUAGAGGGUCGUAUACCUAAUCCAUAUAAACUCCCAUACAUUUCGGAAAGCUUGACCUUACAAUCAUUGAAUCUUCCAGAUCCUAAGAAGCUUCAACCCGGUUCCACAAAAGCAUCUGUAUUAGAUCAGGCCUAUGACCACGACUACAUCAAGGCUAUCAUCGAACCAGGGUUGGAGUACCUCAUUAAUCAGUCAUUCCUACAAGAAAUAAGUGAAGAGAUAAGCAUAAAAGGUCCUAAAAAGGCUAGAAUCAGGGGCACGAACGCUGGAGCUAUGACUGCUUAUUUCUUAGGUCCACCUCAUGAUGACCAUCAUACCAUGAAAAGCAUUGCUCUUGAUAUCAAAAAGCUGACAAGACUCUUCAAACUUAAGCACGUUUGGAACAUGAAAUCCACAGAUAAAGUUGCAAUAGCUCAUGAGAAGAAUGUCGGUGAUGGGUUUGCAGUGAAGGGGAGUGGAGGGUAUUCUGACGACGAAGUUAUCUGUACCAGGGAGUUUUAUCAAAACUUAGCUGAUGCAGAGGCUGAUUGGGAGGCCUUGAUGAAUGAGGUUAGAACUUCAGAGCAUGUGGGUAAGAUGCCAAGCUUCGAAAAGAAGAGGCAACAGCUCCGCAACCAGUGGCGCCAGCCGCUAGAGAUUGCUACUGAGUCCAUCAAUUUAGAACUUAAGAAUGUCUGUGACAAGUACAAGUUACUGAGGGCUAUUUUCGACAGACAAAUAGAGGUCCAGGAUGCUUUGAAUGCGCAAUUCGAAGAGAGAGCCCUGAGGUAUUCAAAUCUCUUGCAGGCUCUCAAGGAUGACAAUGUCUUUAUGCAUUCUGAGCUUGUCAACUUCAAGCACCCCGUCGAGCAGGGUUACUUUGAAGCCCUUGAAGCCGAUUAUGCAAGAUCCUCAAAAAGCAAAAGAGGCAUCUCUGUGGUGGAAAGGCUUGGCAUGGGCAAAAAGUUAGGAGACUAUCUUGCCUUGUUCAAAUUCCGAUUCUUCCAAAUAGGCCGCAGAUAUCGGGAGCGUUUUAGAUUUUAG